GUUACUGUGGACGGUGCAUAACAACUGUCUGAUCAAAUUAUCCAAUGUUUAAUGGCUUAUCUUCCCUGGCGAUUUAACGUGACUAUACCAUCAUCUAUGGCGUGCAAUAUCUCGCCCUGAUGGAAUAGCCGGACAAAUCCCUACCCGACAGCCGCGACUCAAUUUCCACUUGGAAAUCUCCCUAAUGAACCCCUCCGGAUCGCGAGUCCAAAGUCGCAAUGGAUGAUAAGAGUGAUAGCUCGUCUCCCGAUCCACUGGGCUACCCCGGCGACCCAGAUUAUAUCCUCUCCUCAGCGACGAAGCCCUUUUUGCGACGUGGAAGCACUUUUUCGCCACGAAAGUCCGUUUCGCCUAUCAGGAGCCUAUCACCCACUAAGGCUGGGAGGAGCGCGCGGUCCAUUAGAUUUGAAGAUAUAAUUCUCCCUUCUACUCCAUCCGGGCGUUUUAAUGGCAAACAUAGAUUAUCCCCAACGAAAACGGCAACGCUAAAUUCGGAGGGUAAUACCAGUCCCUGGAGGAUCCGAGUGACGGUCGAGGCAGAACAAGAUGAGGGUGAUGAGAAUUUUCCAGGGAGCAUGCGAUCAAAUGUGAAGUCGCGAAGAGGAAGAACAACCAAAGUGCCUUUAAAGGAUGAAAAUAGCCCCUCGGAGCGAAGCCCUAAAAAAAGACGAACGGGAAAAUCGGACCUGUCGCAACGGGUUCCAACACCUCGAAAACGACGAAGCAGGGUUGAAACCCCGUCAGGAAAUACGAGCACUACUCAAAAGACAAAGCGAGGAAGGCCUAGGAAAAGCCAGGCUACAGUGGAAGAAAGCAAUGUGACAGACAACAAAGUCACAUUUGCCGAUUCGGUACGGAAAAAGAUGCAGGAAGAAGAUCCUUUUCUGGACAUUGCGACGGAAGAUAAAGGAACCAACCACGCCGCUGCCGAUAAUACACUUCCAGGGGUUUUUGACCCGAGUCCCGUUCCUGAUUUUAUUCCUACCCGCGGUUAUGAUAGAUCGUCCCCAACGCCAAAUGAGAGGACUAGCUCGCAAAAUCCUGACUCCCGGUUUGGAGUGGAAAACUCAGUUCCUGAUGCUCCCACGAGCUCUACCUCCUCUCCAUACUCUCCACGAUUACAUACCGGCCUCACUCCCGAAAACACAAUCGAUGCUGGGCAUACUCCUGGUCCACAGGUUAGAGGAUAUCCUACCCCGACCUCGUCAUCCUUAUUAGAAGAAGGUAUUACCGACAUCCCUACGGGCCAUACUUCAAGUCCAAAAAUACAACAACACGAACCAGUCCUUCAGCCAUUAAGUGACCCAACAAACCAACAUCGAGAAUUUGACUCGAUUCUAGAAAGUGAAGGUUUCAGCAUGGUGUCACUUAAUACCUUGCCCUCGGCGAGCCAGCAGCUUAGUAAUUCGUUUCAAAGAGCCGUGAACCAAGGAAUGAUUAACAGUAUGAAGAAGGCAUCAAAGAAAGAGAUGCUAAGCUCGUCGAAAUCUGAAGCUCGACACUCUGAGCUAUCUGCUUCUGGCAAUUCCGAUAAAGCUAGUGGAUAUAUGUCCUCUUCACAACCUCAACCAAAGUCACAACUAUCGCCACAGAUGGGAAGGGAUCCACGAGAAAUCUAUGAAACUCCAGGAACAGGGUUUUCCUCACAGCAGCCCCCCGAACCCGCCAUUCAGCCCUCACGGCCUUUUAAAAAGACACGACUCGUGAAGUUAGUACGAGUAAUAAGAGCAGGUAUUGCGCUUCAGGGAGUUCUUAAUCGACGUAGGAGGAAUUCGCGGCUGCAAAGCCCCUUCUCAAGCCCAGGCCAUACUCGAGUAGAUGAUUCGGAAUCUGUAAAGAAACGUCUGGAUGCACUCUUUCAGGGAUUUGGUGUUGAGACAGAACGAGAACUACGUGCCGGUCUUCGCUUUGGGGAAAAACUUGCGAAGCUUCGAGAGGUUGAGAGCAGAAGAAGGCGUGAUGAACCAGGACCGGUAACUAUAUCACCAAUGACACCAGAUGGCUUUGCAACUAAUGAGCGAAAUAUCGUGGGGCAUCCAGAAAGGAGCAGUUCUGGAAGGAAAUGGAUAUCUUCGGAUUCGGCGAAGGAACGAACAAAGAGAAAGCUGGAUAGGGGUUCUGUGCAACUUACGAGUAAUCCCAGGAACCAAAAUCAGUCUCCCCAGCUGUCGAUUAGCCGAGAAAUGGCGCGACGUGAAGCACUGUGGCAGCGUGAGAGAGAUGCAAUUAGUCACCAAAUACAGGAGGCAAAUUCGAGCCAGGUUAUUGUUAUUGAUAGUGACCGAGGUAGUUCAGAAAGUGAUAAUCCAAUCAAUGAAGGGGCCGAGGAACACAAUGAAAACGAUCCUACGAAAGAAGGAGAUUACGAGGAUAUAUGGCAGCAAGAAGCUCGUGAAACUGAGAUCCAGUCAGAGUCAGCGUCAUUCAUCGAACUUAGUCGGGAAGAACUUAUCAAGCCCCCGCGGAGGGUGCUUCCAAGCCCGUGGAAACGCAACGGAGACGUUGUUAAUCUCAGCCAAGACGAAGAAGGAACUCCUGGUCCUGGUCCAUACUGGAAAACUCGCACCAAUGGAUAUCCUAUAUUACCCAGCGGGAAAAGCCAAACCGCAAGAUUCAGAGAACAAAAUGUUGAAAGUUCAUCAUUACUGGGCUCUCCAGAAAGCGCCACAAGGAGAUUUUAUCUGGUGAAUAAUGUUUCCUCUGAAGGCAAAACCAGCCGGUCUGAACAGCUUGAGGACCUGCAAUUUACGCCUAAAAUAACCUCGAGUCCUACCUUCGUAGCUUCCUACAGGCGAGAUGAGACCUCCCGCACUGAUGACCAAAUCUCUGACGCUAAUGCUAUCCAUCAUCCAUGGGCUCCUUCACCUGAAAGCAGCAAAAUUGAUAUGGGCCACACGAGUCCAGAUAAUGUCGACGUAUAUUCUGAGCCUCCAGUGGAGGAUGGCCAUUUGUAUCCGGAAUUGCCGUCUAAUUCGGUUCAUUCGUCAAGAAACAGUCCAGUUGAUGAAGAGCAAAUAACUUCCAAAUCAGAAUCACAAAACUCGACCCCUCGAGCCCGCAAAGAUGACCAGCGUGAUCGGGAACCGUCUACUCCCACCGGAGCACAGCAGGAGCGUCGUCCGUUAUCUUGGUUCAACAAGUUGACAGACCUUGCUCCAUCGUGGCUUACCACUCCAGCCUCUCGAAAGGUUGAAAGAAGUCAACCAGAAGCAGUCAGCAAAUCUGCGUUCGCUGUAUCCCCGAACCGUGGUCUUUCAAUCCAGAGCGCGUCUGUUCAAGGGUCUCCUACUCAAAAUCAUUUAGUUUCAAGGCCACCAACUCAGCCUCCUCCAAUUGAGAGUUCUCCGAUUCAGGAAUUGCCAGUACAGGAACCAAUUGCUGAAGAUGGCCAUUUACGAGUACCACCAACAGAGUCUCGAGCGGAAGGCUCUCCGGCCCAUCGACACCUUCAUAAAUCCAUCAACAAGAUGACAGUUGACGCCGGAACCCAAUUCUCCUCUCCAUUAAUACCGAAGCCAAAACCUCGAAUUAGAGGUCAACAAAGACAACCGCCCGCGCAACACAAGGCAUUGCCAAUCUCAGGCUAUUUCACAGAUGACCAUUAUACCGCACUGCGCCAUCUAUACCACAAGGCAAAACGAUCCCCUGGUUCCUUCCGCUAUAUCGAGACUCUAGGUCGAAAAAAAUUGUUAGGUCAGCGCAUAUAUUCCGCUGAUGGCGUGUACAGCCGUCGGAUUACAGAAAUGCAAAUUGCCAUUGUGGAUAAAUUCAGACGGAACUUGUCUGUUGACAGUAGGAAACGCGGUGGAACUGGGAAGGUGGAAUGGAGUGAAGCAGAGCUUUUGAGGAGAUUGUUCAGCAUAAUUGUAGGUGAACAUGUGAGGAGGGAGCGGAAAAGAGAUCUUGAACAGCAGCUUGCGGACCUACAUGAAUAA